UUUGAAGCUGCCACAGAUAUUUCGUUCCUAAAGGAUAAAUCCCUCACAGCAUCACCCACCAGAAACUUCAAAAGUUCCUAUGCCAAGUCUCUGGCAGACUCCUACAGACGGGCUAGCCUGCCUGUGGUGGUGGGCUCCCCCAAGGGGCAGUUUUAUUUCAAGAAUGACGAAUUCCUUAGUCUGAAUACUAGGCCUGCAAGACUCUCAGGGUUCGGUCAAGACAAGUAUGUAAGCCUAAAUACCAGUUCCACCAGGUCGCCUUCACUACCUGGAUUUGAGCCUCUUUCACUUCCAACGAUACUCGAUGUGGUGCCAGAACCUCAGGAAUUGCCACAGGAGGUGAGAGAAUCUAAAUCUACAACCAGGAAUCUUUACAGUCAGCUACUAAACGAAGAGGAGGUUUUCGUGCCAUACGAGCGGCUGCAGAAGGUCUGUGAGGAAGGAGGAAGCAACUUCUCCCUCCAGGACUGGCACAGCUUGGGCUCCCUCAUUACCAGUGAUGGAAGAAAACUUGUGAAACUCUCUGACUUUCAAGAAAGAGUGAAGAAGCACAAGACUUCUAAGUUAAUUGAAAAUGGUUGUCCAGUUCUGAAUGGUGGGGAAAAAGAUGCACAGGUCGAAGGCCUCCGCAUGGAGAGAGGGCAGCUAGAAGGCCGUAUAGAGCAGCUGUGUGAUGUGCUGGCCGAACGAGACAAUACAGUCCAGCGGUUGGAAGAGGAUUUGUUACGUAUCAGAAUGGAGUGCCAGAGGCUGAUAGUGGAGAACCGAGCCCUGAGGAGCAACCUUGGCCAGCCUGGCUCCGCGGUUAACGGCGAAUCCCUCUCACAAGUGGGGAAGCUGGAACAACAAGUCCAGCUACUCACUGCCCAGCUCAGCAGAGCUGAGCGCAGCAGGCACACAUAUGAGGCAGCAACCCGACAGCUGGUGGACUUCCUCCACACUGUGAACUCCACCCUCAGCACCUCAACCAGUCCUAGUCCCUCCACCUCCCUGGUCUCCGUCCCAGCAUCCUCACCUGGCACACACACUAUCCCAACAGAGGACGAGGGAGAGAGUGAUCCUCCCUACAGGCUGGCCCAACCCCAGAGCACAAUGCCAGAGACCAGGGCAAGGUCAGUCAGUCAUACCUUUGGCCCAAUCAGAAGGAACUCUGACAUGAUCCGUAGGGCUGGGAGUGUGUGCGCCCUACCCACACAGUCUGGGACUUCGAACAGAGUGAGUCGUGCCGCCAGCACAUAUUGUGUCGCCACUGAAGUCCAGCGCUCCAGCCUCAAUGAAGCCACAGCAUCUGGGAGUCAGGACAAGGGGGGAUCGCCAGGGAAGUCGCACACUUCUGAGUUCCUGGCAACCCGUGCGAAGGAACUCAUCACCUCACUAAAGUCAUUGAUGAGGAGUGAGAACAGGUAUGCUACUGGUGUACCUACCAAUAGAAAGGAAGAUGGGUGUUGUAGAGGUAUAUUGAAGCUCAAUUUGGAACCAAAGAAGUCUGGGUCUGGUAUGGCAAGUGGGAGCAACACCAGCAGGAGUACAAAGAGUGAUGGCCACAGCUCCCUCACCACCUCGGAAGACCACAACAGGACUACCAUCUGGCACAUCCCCCCUGAGGUCUACUUCGGUGACAAACCAAGGGAUGACAACCAGAACAUUGCUGGGGGCUCCAGUAGCACCGAUGAUGACAGUAGCACUGCUGGUCAGAGCAUUGUCGACGGCAAGGGUAUGGAUGCUGCUCUGAACAAUAACAAUAACAAGGCUCCCUCAUCUGCAAGGGAUGGCAGACUGCAGGUACAAGCAGUGGAAGUAAAUGGCAGUUCACAACCUCUCAGCGGGCAUUGAGUGAGGAGGCAUCACAUAUUGCAAGGACAAAUUCCUCUUUCAUAGUAUCAUCCAAGUUGUGCUGUUAUUGCAUAAUUUCAGUGUUGCAUCAUGGUUAUUAUUUUGCAAACGAAAGAAACCAAGCCAAGUGUAUAUAAAUUGUGUUCAUGCUUGUUUGCAGUUCAUACUGUGCGCCAUUUUUUUGUGAAGGAUUUCUUUAUUUCGAGUAAUUACAAAAUCUAGAGAUUAUGUAUUAUUCUUUGUCCAUUAAGAACCCAUGGGAGUACUGGCGACAGUAUUUGUAGUAAAUAUUGAGUUUAUAUAAGCUCAAGGAGGUGGUUUGAUUUGAGUAGCAAAAUACAUAUUGGGUGUUUUUCUCCCAGAUAUAAUUUUGUUGGUAAUAAGGUAAAGGUAAUGGUGCUACACUGCAAUAUUGACAGUUGUGUGAAAAAGAAUGGUGUUAAUCCACAGAUUUUGACAAAGUUCAUAGAAUAACAACUAAAAAAAAGAAUGGCAGGUGCUUUCAGGGUGCAGUUUGUGAGCAGCAUUAAAUGUAAGCAUGAUAUUACAUAUGUAUUUGAACAGUUAUUUAUUUCACAGGUUCUAAUGUAUUUCCUUUGAAUGCAGAAUGGUAGUACUGUAAACUCAUUUAUUAAAAGUAAUCCAGAGCCUUUGCAGCUUUCAAGUAAAAUGUCUGUAUAAAUGUAAAGUAUUCAAGCAAGUUUUUACGUUGGAAGAUUAAAAUUGAUGUCAAGAGGGGCAGCUUACAUAGAUCUGUAUCACUGUAUAGGAAUAAACUGAAUAUCCAUGGUAUAACAGCAUUGAAUAAAGCUUCUGUAAAGAAAUGUUCUCUUGAAGCUCAUGAAUGCUGUAUUAACCUGAUGACCCUAAAAGUGUAUGUAUACAGGCACUGUCCUUUAAUUUAAUUUCAAUAGAUUUGUUUCCUCGUAUUGACAUACAUGUUUGGAAUGUCAGCAGUUUGUAAAUGAGAUCAAAAAACAAAACUGCAGUGGGCAGUGGGUACCAAUGGGUUAGUGAUUAGUUAGUAUGAACUGGGGAAAGAAAUGAGUAAUGAAAUUUUGUUUUAUUUUCCUGUUGUGCCAAUUGUGUACAUUUGUUUGAUACUAGUGUCUAUUUGAAGAAAACUGUACUUUUUCCCAAUGAACUCAUGUAAUGAAUAUUGUAUGUAUAUUAUUUUUUUUUCUUCUACCAGCACCAUGUAAUUCAAAGCACUGAAAAUUAUAUUUAGUUGAUACAGUAGAUCACCAAUUGCACAAAGUUAACAUUUUGUAAUGUACAGUUAGAUAACACUACCUAGUUCUGAUUUGAUUAUUAUAGAAUCUCUUUGGAACAUUAUAUGCUUAUUAUUAUUGUUUUUUUUAUUUUUUAAAUAUUCAAUUAAGGUGAAAAUAGCUGAAAGUAUUGUGUUGGGAAGAUAAAGAUAAAAGUUUGUCAUGGUAUGUGUAGCACACAUACAAUGUUUUGAUAAAGCUGUUUGCCUUCCACCCCUGAAUCUCAUUAAAUGACAAAAGUGACUUUGGUAGGCAGUGGUUGAAAUAUUUGUAUGUGAUUUUUUAUACUGAGAUUUAUGAUUGAUGAUAUAAUUUCAGGUUAGAGAUCUUGCAAGUUUUGUGUUUGUGUGUUUUUUAUUAGCAUGUUUUGCACCUUUUUCAUAUUUAUCAUAUGGGCUGCAGUUGUAAAAGAAUAAGUAAUUAAGCAUAUUUUUUGUAUGGCAAUAUGUGCUUGUUACACACCCACUCACAUAUUACAGCUUUAUAGGUAACUUUAGUGUGCAAGCUCACUCACAGAGUCUAAAAGGAGCCAAUGUUUAAUGCUCUUUUUAGCUCCCACUUAUUGUAAAAAAAAAGUGUAAAAAGUCCAAGCAAUUAGUCAAUUCUUGGGUUUUUUUCUUUCACCUACAAGGGUAGAUAGCACUGCAUAUUCUAUAUUAAAGGAUCUGUAUGCAAUAGACUCAGUGAUAAAGGCUUAUGCUGUAGCUAAUAUUGUACGGGGAUCCACUUCCCCUGAGGCUCCCUCUCUAACACUUGGUAGGGUGGUUCUGUCCUCCAGAUAAGCUUACCAAAGCAGUCUUGCCAGUAUUCUAGAAAGCAAAAUAGCAGUAUUUUUUAUAGUAUUAGAAAUAAAAAUGUGAAGAAAGACUGAAUUGUGUUUAUUUUAUAUUUCUUGAUUCAUUUUCUGUGGUGAGAUUUUAUGAUUAGAAUACUGUAAUGAUAAGGGUAAGGUUUGUGUAGGCUUUUAUUUGGGUUGUUUUAUGUGUGAGAAAGAUCUGUGGUAUUUAUCAAAAAUAUGAUUGUGGUUAAAUCAAUAAUACUCAGUAAUGCGAAAUAUUGAACUUUCCCCAUCAUUUCCUACUUCCAUUUUCUUCAAUAAAAAUAUGAUACUUAUA